CAAGUUCGGAACUCGGUCUUAUCCUCCCUGGUUUUCCAAGGUGCUGCACGAUCUAACCUUAGGUGGGGGAUCCCGGAAACAAGGGAGAAGACCCACCUUAUUAAAUUUUUAUGCCCCUGCCCUAUCACGGAAAUAUUUUUCGAAUUGGUCACAAUUUAAAAGAUUAAGAAUGUCUCCAAAUGAUUCGAGAUGUCCUCAGAUUCCGUCGUGGGCGGGAUCACAGCUUUGAAACCGGGACGCUUGCUGACAUCUUUCGAGGCGGUAUCACGUGACACAAUGCACAUACCGGUAGUCUAACAAUGGAACCCUUCUCUUGGCCGACGUACAAGUAGUUCAUUACCUUCGGAAUCCUUUCUCCCGCAAUUUGUUCGGCCACGACACAUAAUCACCACACCCUCCCACCACCCCAACCUCAUCACGAUAAAACUUUAAAAAAAAUAACAGUCAAGAUGUCUACCUCUAAUGAAGGGAAGGUCCAAAUCUCGCUACUCACCGCGGCAAAAACCCUUGAACGAACCAGCAUCUCCCUACCCCCGCCAUCCCCAACCGAGCUACAAAUUGCGAUCCGUUCUACAACUCUCUGCGGUUCUGACCUGCACUAUUACAAUCACUACCGCAACGGGGAUAUAAUUGUCAAAGCUCCCUUGACCCUCGGACAUGAGUCUUCCGGUGUUGUGACAGCGGUAGGAGAGUAUGUGAGGGAGAAAUGGAGUGUCGGGGAUCGAGUUGCGUUGGAGGUUGGCGUUCCGUGUGGCGAGUGUGAGGGAUGUAGUUCUGGUCGGUACAAUAUCUGCUCGGGGCUGAAGUUCAGGGGUAGUGCCAAGUCGGACCCCCACUACUGGGGAACCCUCCAGGAAAGGAUUAAUCAUCCAGCGAGGUGGUGCCAUAAGUACCUCUUCCUCCAUUUCCCCCCACCUCGCUCCGAGUAACUAACAAAGUGCACAGAGUCCCGGAAAACGUCUCAUUCACAGCAGCCGCCCUUCUGGAGCCCCUCUCCGUCGCAAUCCACGCAACCCGUCGGGUCCGCAAACUCGGAACCCUUGGCCCCAGCAGCUCAAUCCUGAUCUUGGGCGCCGGCGCGGUCGGCCUCCUAGUCGCGACAAUGUGCAAACUUAGCGGUGCUACAAAGAUCGUGAUAUCGGACAUAAACACCGGACGUACAUCCUUCGCUGUGGAGAAUGGAUUCGCGACGCAAGUGCAUCGUCCGACUAUCCGGCAAAAACGUCCGGAAACGGUGGAGGAGAAAUUGGACAUGGCCAAGGACUCUGCGAAGGCGGCGAAAACAACGCUGGGUAGGGAGGAGGGGUUCGAUGUCACGUUCGAGUGCACUGGAAUGGAGAUUUGCACGCAGACCGGGAUCUAUGCUACCAGAUCUGGGGGAAGCUUGAUACUCUUGGGCAUGGGGAAUCCUGUUCAGACCCUGCCGAUCUCUGCCGCAGCAUUGAGAGAAGUGGAUAUCCUCGGUGGGUUUAGGUAUGCUAAUACUUACAAGGAGGGAAUUGAGAUUAUUUCUUCCGGCCAGAUUCCCGCUCUGGAGAAGAUUGUCACACAUAAGAUGGUGGGGAUCGAGAAUGUGCAAGAUGCAUUUGAGAUGGCCGGGAGGCAGGUCGAUGAUGCGGGGGCGCUCGUUAUCAAGGUUGAGUGUGCCUUUGGAGGGGAGAGUUAGGCUGGCGGGGAGCUCACGUGGCCAGUUCACUACGAAUUUGGAGUUGGUGGAUAAACUGGGUUCCCCUCUCGUUUCCACACGGCAUCGAGGGUCGCAACCGGAGGUAUAAGCCCUGUAGAUACGGCCCCAUCAUACUCUAUCCAUACUCCACUCUUGCAGCAAAACAUGUAUAUAUCGAACAAAACUUGGAGACAUGCCGGGUUCCUUGUCAACAGUUAACGUAACCUACCUUGUGCCUACCCCAAUUUCACACCCGCAGUAUACCACAGUACGUUAGUUUAACUUCUUACCAAAAGGUAUUUUUUACCCCCGUUACGCCCUU